CGAAAUGGCACUUUUAAGGUGCAGACGCGCAGAAGAAACAGAGGAGUGGUGAAUGCCUUUGAAUUCCCUUCUCGGCCGCCUCCGAUUUCCUCCUCACUCUCUUGAUCUCACAAAUUCCUGAUUUCCUCCCAAAUUAAUCGCCAAUUCGACCGAUAUCAUCUUCCCCCUUUUCUUCCCUUGUUUGGAUAUUUAUCAUCUUCAACUUUACGCUCUCUAGUUCUCCUUUUGUGAGUUGCAAAGCCUCUGUCUCUCUCUCUCUCUCUGGGUGCCAAGGUUUCAAAUUUAGCGAGUCUCUUUUGAGAGGUUUCUACUUUGGCUUGUGAGAUGUGGAGCUGGUGGUAGCGUGACUCUAAUUGGAGAAUUAGAGUGGAAGGAUAGAAUAUAAUGAGGUUGGUUCGAUCGGGCUCGAGCUCGAGCUCAGGCUCGAGCCUGGUGAAGGAGGAAGGACGCGAUCGUGCUGAUUUGUUUCUCAAUGUCUAUGAUCUCACUCCAAUUAACAACUAUCUUUACUGGUUUGGGCUCGGGAUUUUCCAUUCGGGUAUUGAAGCCCAUGGCUUAGAAUACGCAUUUGGAGCUCAUGAAUAUCCUUCAAGUGGGGUUUUCGAGGUGGAACCAAAAGGUUGCCCUGGCUUUAUCUUCAGAAGAUCACUGCUAUUGGGGAGUACCAACAUGUCUCGUUCAGAAUUUCAAUCAUUUAUGGAGCACCUCUGCAAAAAAUAUCAUGGAGACACUUAUCAUUUGAUUGCAAAGAAUUGCAAUCAUUUCACUGAUGAAGUGUGCAAAGAAUUGACUGGAAAGUCAAUUCCUGGAUGGGUAAAUAGACUGGCCCGGUUAGGUUCUUUCUUCAACUGCCUACUUCCACAAAGCAUACAGGUUGCGGCAGUUCGACAUCUGCCUGACCAUUCAACAUAUUCUGAUGAUGCCUUGGACUCGCCUCCUUCGUCUGUAACAGCGAACAGUGAAGAGGAUGAGCUAGAUCACUUGCUGACCUUGCCCGAUGGAGAUUUUGCAUUUCUGAAGGAAAAACCAGUGAGACUGGCCAAGGAUCUCCUUUAAAGUCUAAAAAUCCAUUGCACUGGCAUUUGAAUUGUAGCCAUUGGUGAACGGCAAAUGAUUUCCUGAUCCAAUCUGUUGUAAAUCGCCUCUGUCCCCGUAGGAGUACCCAAUACUAGUUGAUAGAUGUAGAUUCAUUGUACGUAAGUGUAUAACUUUGCUCCUGUUAUUACAGGUAAUAACCGGUUAGAGUGCCUUGGCAGUUGGCGUUCUUUCCAGUUUAGCACCUUAUGAAUUUACACUAAUUCUAUAUGAGGAUAAGCGGUUCCGAGGA